GUAGUUGACGUCACGGACUCGGAUUUUAUCGGAGAGUUCCGUCAAAGUUUGAAGCUCGCGAGCAGCUCGUUCGUGUCGGUCCCGUUUGUUUGUUUGUUUGUUUGUUUGUUUGUUUGUUUGUUUGUUGACGUCACGGUGACGAAGAAGACCCGAACCGGCUGUUGACCGAGUCACGUAACCGACUUACCGGCAGGACCGGGACUGAGACCAGGACUGAGACCAGGACUGAGACCAGGACCAGUCCUCGUCCAGUCCUCCUCCAGUCCUCGUCCAGUCCUCGUCCAGUCCUCCUUCAGUCCUCCUCCAGUCCACCAUGAGUGUCCAGCCCCGGAGAAUCCGCCUGAAGCCCUGGUUGUUGGCUCAGGUGAACAGUGGCAGGUAUCCUGGUCUACAGUGGCUCAGUGCAGACCACCGACUCUUCCAGAUCCCCUGGAAACACGCUACACGCCACACGCCAAUGUCAGAUGAGGAGAACACCAUCUUCAAGGCGUGGGCUCUGGAGACAGGUAAGUAUCAGGAAGGUGUGGAUGAACCCGACCCAGCCAAGUGGAAAGCGAACCUUCGCUGUGCUCUGAACAAAAGCAGAGAGUUUCAGCUGAAAUACGACGGCACUAAAGAGACGCCAGUCCAACCGUACAAGAUCUACGAGGUGUGUGAGCAGCCUGGAAACACAGAUGCUGUUGAUGAUGAAGAGGAGGAGAUGCCGAAUCUGAUGGAGCUCACAAUCAAUCCUAGGAUCAGUGACCCCCCUUCCUUCAGCUCCUUUCCAGCCCAUUCUGAAGUGAAUCAGUUCAGUUUGUCUACAGACGGGGCGUUUGGACCGCCACACGUGAUCCCGAUACCUCUCCUCCCAGAAAGAGAUGUCCCCAUGACCCCUGACCUCCAGGCUCGGGGUCCGAUGGUGGACCAGAGCUUUGUCCGUCCUGUAGGACUCUCUAACGGACUCCAGGACUUGAAUCCUCUGCCCCCCCCAGCUGCCUCGGCUCCCCCAGGGCCAGCCCCAAUGGAAGCCAGUAGCAUGGGGGGCGUCCAGAACCAGGAGGACCCUCAGAACCACCAACCCUGCAAGUACGACCUACUGAGCAGCGUCCCACUAACAGAUCUGGAUCUGAAGUUCCAGUACCGGGGGCGGCCAAUGGGCUCUUUGACUGUCAGUAACCCUCAGGGCUGCCGGUUGUACUAUGGACACCUGGAGCCGACCCCGGAGCAGGUGGACCUGUUUGGACCUGUCACCCUGCAGCAGGUCCUGUUCCCGGGGACGUCUGAGAUCCAAAACCAGAAGCAGCGGUUCUACACAGAGGCCCUGCUGGAUGUGAUGGACCGUGGUCUGAUCCUGGAGAUCUGGGAGCAGGACAUUUAUGCUGUCCGCCUCUGUCAGUGUAAGGUGUUCUGGUCCGGACCAGGCAUGCCUGAACAGGGUCCCCCAAACCCCAUGGAGAGGGAGAAGAAAAUCAAAGUGUUCAGCCUGAAUGACUUCCUACAAGGACUGAUCCUGUUCCAGAAGGGGGAAGCUCAGAACCCGCCCCCCUUUGAGAUCUCCUUCUGUUUUGGGGAGGACUGGCCCGACAAGAAGCCCAAAGAGAAGAAACUCAUCAUGGUCCAGGUGGUUCCUGUAGUGGCUCGGAUCCUGACAGAGAUGUUCUCUGGAGAACUCAGUUGGUCCACAGACAGCAUCCGCCUGCAGAUCUCAAACCCUGAUGUGAAAGACCAGACGGUGGAACAGUUCAAGGAACUGCAGAGGCUCCUGCAGAGUCAGCACAUCCAGGGGCCCUGGACCCCAAACAUACACUAAACACCAGAACUCUGACCCGGGGGUGCUCUCCUGGUAUUUUGAUUAAAACUGAACUGGUCCUUAAACUGUCUGCAGUUAGCAAGUCCAGAUGGACGCUGCUUGUUUCCACAGAAUCUGUUUGUUUUAAAAAACAGCUGAAUAUAAACAUUAUUUCAAAGACUACAUACAGUAUAUACACUAUAUAUUCUGAUCAUUCAUCUGGACCUCUUCAGAACUUUAAAAACUUAAAAAUAUGGGUCUCUUCACCCUGACUGUUGUCUGCAGAUUUUAUAGGUUUUAUAUGAUGGACGUGGACUGGAAUGAAAUCACACGUGUUGUUUAACAUGUUCACUCACCACAAAUGCAUCAUUUCCUCUCAGUGAGUGUAUUCAGGAUUUCAAUAAACACAGCUGCAGUAUUCUUUCAUA